AGCAGUUUCAAGGCGGAAGUGCUGAAGUUUACUUUGGGAAAGAGGAACUGGGCAGUUUCAGGCUGGAGAGGGCCAAGCAGAGAGUGGGGGGAGAGAGGAGACGAGACGGGACACAGACACGAACCUUCAGGCUCACAGCCCACACCCUCCGUCUGUCUGUGGGUACGUGGGGGCAGGGAUCAGUCCCGUUGACCCUCCCCAGCCACCGUUGCCCCUUCGAUGGAGGUUGACGCCCAUGGUUGUCACAACAAUCCCCAAAACGGGAUGGCAGCUGGGGAGCAACCUGCGACUUUCUGUCCGGACGACGAUGCCCAGAUCGAUGACUUCAUGGGUCAGGAUUACAACGAGGAGGAGGAGGAACGCAAGUACUUCCGCCGCAAGCGUUUGUUCGUCGUCAAGAACCUGGUGUGUGCCAGCGUGGGCAGCAUGCUGAUCUACGCCGUCUACCUGGGGCUCCUGCAGGUACAGUUGAUUCUGCACUAUGACGAGACAUACCGGGAGGUGAAGUACGGCAACCUGGGCUUGCAGGACAUCGACAGGAAGAUGCUGAUGGGGAUCAACGUCACCCCCAUCGUGGCCCUGCUCUACACCCCCGUCCUCAUCAGAUUCCUGGGCACAAAGUGGAUGAUAUUCCUGGCCAUGGGGAUCUACUCUCUCUUCGUGUCCACCAACUACUGGGAGCGUUACUACACUCUGGUCCCGUCAGCCGUGGCAAUCGGAGCUGCGAUUGUUCCACUCUGGGCGGCCAUGGGCAAUUACAUCACCAGGAUGGCUCAGAAAUACUACGAAUAUCUGAAUUACAAGGAGGAGCACGUUCAGGAACAGAAGAAACUACCCAAAGGUGUUUGUCACAAACACAUCAUCACUUUCCAGUGUAUCUUCUACUUCUUCUUUAACAUGAGCUUUAUCUUUGCGGAGGUGCCGAUGGCACUCUUUCUGGAUAACUACCUCUGUGUAGCUAAUCACACUCUCUUCAGCGUGAAACACUGUGGGACAGACGCCAGGGGCACAAUCGAGGGCCUGAAUCGAACCGUCCUCCGAAAGCUUCCUCAAAGCAUCAGUCUGAUCAAGAUGGAGAGUGUGUUGAUGGGAGUGGCCUUCCUCGCCAUGCUAAUGAUCUUGACCCUGUGUGGUCCAGCGUACCGUCCAACCGAGGAGAUUGACCUGAGGAGCAUUGGAUGGGGAAACAUUUUCCAACUGCCCUUCAAGCACAUGAGGGAUUACCGUCUGCGCCACCUCACCCCCUUCUUCAUCUACAGUGGCUUCGAGGUGCUCUUCGCCUGCACUGGCUUCACCCUGUCGUAUGGAGUCUGCUCGCUGGGGAUGCACCACCUCGCAGGGCUGAUCAUGACUUUCGGCGCCUCGGCCUCGCUCUUCUCCCUCUUGGCGACGCCCGUCCUCGGCCUCUCCCGGCGGGUGCCCCUGCUGGCUGGGGCCCUGGUCCAUGCCAUCCUCAUCGUGGCCCUCUUCUGCUGGGCCCCCAAGCCCCGGGACUUCGGCUCGUCCAACCUCGGCACCCUCUACCUGGUGGCUGCCCUAUGGGGACUGGGAGGAGCCCUGAACAAAACCGGGCUCGCCGUAAUCCUGGGAAUAUUUUACGAGGCCAAGGACCGACAGGAUUUCGCCUUCUCCAUCUACCACUGGUGGCAGGCCAUGGCCAUCUUUGCUGUCUACCUCUGGUCCGGCACCUACAUGAAGGUGAAGCUGGCCAUCAUGUUGUUCACCCUGCUGGUCUCUGUCAUCUCCUACCUGUGGAUGGAGAGGAAACUGGCACGCAAGGUCCCCUUUCGCAUCCCCCGCAUUCCCAAACCCCGGCACAAGGUACGAGGUUACCGUUACCUGGAGGAUGACAAUUCCGACCAAUCGGAGGAGGAGGACAAGGACGUGGAGGAAGACAGGCAGAGUUCGGAGAUCGAGGAGGAGCCUGCAACAGGCCCUGACGCUCGCUGAGUCAGUCCGCUCCGGGGGGGCGUGGAACUCGGUUUACCUGUAACCCGUAUGAGUUCGGGGUGUUUCCUUGUCUUCACCACUCUUCACCCUCUCCCCUAUCUCCCAUUUCCCACCUCCUUCCUCUUCCAUCUCAUCUCUCCCUCCUGACUGCGCUCUCAUCUUGCCCCGUCCUGAGUGUCCCUCCCUCCCUUCACCGUCCUCUCCUCCUCGCCCAGUCCUCACCCUCCUCGCUACCCCUCCAUUCCUCUCACUCCACUCUCCUCACCCCCUUCCUUCACUCCCCCCAUCGUCUUGCCCCGUCCCCCCUCUCCUCACUCUCCCUUCCCUCCCCCCCCACAUGGUUUUUUUCUACAAAGUUCUUUUUAUUAAAGUUUAA